CGUUCAUAUAAAAGCAGAAAGUAUGUGGUUAAGCCUUCGAUAAACCUAGGAAAGCUUGUGUAGUUAACGCAGUCAAACUCUUGUGAGCAGUGCGGAAGAAUUGUGAAUUAUUUCUAAAAAAAAAUGAUCACCCGACAGUACCACUCUCAGCACCUCGAUCUAUACCUACGAUCGCUGCAAUAAUAAUGGUUAGUGUCGCGAAAGUGAGACACAAACUAUGGUACCUGCUUCACGCACUAUGUCACGAUCCGAAGCGUCUGGUGCGUGGGAUAGUGCUGUUCAUCUGCAGCAUUGUCGUCAUGUAUCAGCUGACGGACUGUUUCAAAAAGCUGUGCAAUCCUCCAAUCUCAACUCACUCGCGGUUUGAUCUGAACGACACCAUGCUGUAUCCCGCGAUCACCUUCUGCCGCGAGCCAGCGUACAAGUCGGACAUAAUGGCGAAGUACAACCUGGCCAUGCAUCCCAAGUACACCAACUCGUUCGAUCGGUUUCCCUUCGACGAGGCUUCGCUGGAGCAGCUGUUCAACGAAGCCACCUACAAUCAUAGCGAGUUUUUCAUCCAGCACGGCUUGAACGGUGAUACGAAAAAUAUAGAAGUGAUGGAAAGUUUGCACUUGGACAUGGGACGGUGCUACACGCUAAAUCCGUUAACCAAAACGAAGCAUUCCUGGAAGGAGGCGGGCUUCUCGAUCAUGCUGCGGCAUGAUACGAACAACACGCGAGUAAGCGUUGGUGACAUGCCACCGGGCUGGCAUGUAUUUAUUCAUGACGAAACCGAAGGAUUUGCUGAAAAUCGAAUGCAAUCGUCUGGUCGCGUGGAAUACCUGUACCUGGAAGCGAACGAAGAAAUGGAAAUUCGUUUAUCGACUCAGCACUUUUUCAUGUUGGCGAGUUACGAGAACGAAUGCGUCGAGUUUUCCUCCGUAAGCUCCACCAGGUGUGGAGAAAUUUGUCACUGGAAAGCAGUAGUAGAUUCGGUCGGCUGUUCUGGACCUUGGAUGCCGGGGCUGGGGAUUCGGGAUUGCGAUAAUCCCGAAAGCACGAAGCAGCUUAUCAAACUAUACCGCCAGCUGGAAGAUCUAGAUGGGACGCAGUGCGGGUGCUUUCAACCCUGCACCACCACCAUCUACACUGCCUCCGUGAUGAACCGUAAACCCUUCCACAUCAGUGUUCCGGCUGCACAGCUUUGGGUGUACUACACCUCCAAAAUGGUCACUAUCGUCGAAGAGUUUCACGGAUACGAUUUUAAUCAGUUCGUCUCGGAUCUUGGAGGUUCGCUGGGAUUUUUGCUUGGUUUAUCUGUACUUGGGCUAAUUGGGCUGCUGGAGAAAAUUGUGGAGCUGGUCUUCAUUCGUCGAUUGUUGUCGGAAAAGCGCAAGAAACAAGCAGACAAGGAAGUGGCAAGCAAUGAUCGAGCGGAAUCAACAACCGCUGAGCAAAGAACGAACACAUCCAACCACUCAGAUGAGGUGACACCACCUGAGAAAGGAUCACCAACAGGAGCCAUUUUGUCAUGAUGAUCAUGAUCAUGAAAAUGUAUUGAAAACGAUGACUCUAAGCUACUCCGAAUAAGUGAAAUACAUAAAUUCAAUUGGU